GUCCAGCAGGAAGUUUCAGUUCUUCUGUUGGGGAGUUUCAGCGGACCGUCGGUGGGCGGUUGGAUCCUUUGGACCGAAGCCGGUGCCGAUGACCUGAAAACGGCGGAUGGCAAGGACGGUUCCCUCCCGCUCUCGCUGUUUUAAGUUUCACCGGAGUGCCAAAAAAUGCCAGAGGACUCAGUAUGCUCGGAGUGGGGAAACACUGGUCAACUGUAAGUCAUCAUGGCAAACGUUAAAGUCGCCGUUCGAGUCCGUCCUCCCAACGCAAGGGAGGGUGCGGACGGAGGAAGGCUCGCCGUACAGGUGGAGGACAAGUUUGUGAAGAUCCGAAAUGUAAAGCUGGAUGGACGUACAGAUGGUGCUGUGGAUUCAAGGGAGAAGCUUCUGGAGUUUUGUUUUGACUACUGCUACUGGUCGGUGGACCCUGCAGACCCUCACUAUGCCUCGCAGGAGGAGGUGUUCCAGGACCUGGGUGUGUCUGUGCUGUCCGGAGCUUCUGAGGGCUACAAUGUGUGUCUGUUUGCUUACGGCCAAACCGGAUCUGGAAAGACGUACACCAUGAUGGGGACACCGGACUCCAUUGGCUUGACCCCUCGGAUCUGCCAGGGUCUCUUUAGGUCUGAAGACACUUUCCCUGAUGGGCAAAACUCAAGCAGAGUGGAGAUCAGCUUCCUGGAGAUCUAUAAUGAGCGUGUGCGAGACCUGCUGAGACAAGGAGAGCAGAAGAAAAGAGCCUCCCUGAGAGUUAGAGAACACCCUGAGAAAGGACCCUAUGUACAAGACCUGUCGCAGCAUGUGGUCUCAGACUGCAAGCAGGCCAUGGACCUUUUGGAGGAAGGCAUUGCCAACCGAAUCACAGCAGCAACGCACAACCAUGGUGCCAGCAGCAGAUCCCACGCCAUCUUCACCAUCCAGUACACACAGGCAACCCUAGAAAAUAACCUUCCUUCAGAAACUGUCAGCAAGAUAAACUUGGUGGACUUGGCUGGGAGUGAGCGAGCAGACCCCCACUACUGCAGGGAUAGACUGACGGAGGGCUCUAACAUCAACAAGUCACUCGUGACUUUGGGCAUCGUUAUAUCAGCUCUUGCCCAGAACUCCCAGAUGUCCAGCAGCUGUCAGAGUAUCAACAGCAUGGCCUCUGAAGGCGAUGGCAGCAUGGUAGGAAGCCACAGCAGCUCCCUGUCUGGCGGAGGAGGAGGAGGUGGAAGGAGGCACUGCUUCAUCCCCUACAGGGAUUCGGUCUUAACCUGGCUGCUGAAAGACAGCCUGGGCGGCAACUCUAAGACCAUCAUGAUUGCAACGGUCUCACCCUCCGCCAACAGUUACAACGAGACCCUCAGCACGCUGCGCUACGCUGCCCAUGCUAGGAAUAUUGUCAACAAGCCUCGAGUUAAUGAGGAUGCCAGUGUUCGGCUGAUCAGGGAACUCAGAGAGGAGAUUGACAGGCUGAAGAGCAUGCUGCUCAGCUUUGAAAUGCAGCGUAAUCCCAGUCCAUCCCUGAGCGACGAGAGAGAUGGAAAUCUUUCUGAAAUCGUGCUACAGAACGAACUGAAGGUGGAGCAGCUCACAAAAGACUGGUCAGAGAGCUGGAGAGACAAGAAGGAGCUCCUGGAGCAGUACAGUGUGGACAUCAACAGAGACCAGGCCGGAUUCCUCAUCAACUCCCUCCAGCCACACCUGGUCACUCUGGAUACAGAUGUUCUCAGCACCGGGGUCGUGUUCUAUCACCUCAGGGAAGGUGUUACCCACAUUGGACCUCAGAAACAGUUUGAAGAGCCACAAAUAGUUCUGCAGGGCAGUGCCAGCUGUGAGAUUGAAAACCACGGAGGUGUGGUAACGCUCAGGCCGCUGCCGGGCUGCGUCUGCCUGCUCAACGACAGAGAGGUCACUGAGCCCUGCAGAUUGGCUCAAGGGACGGUGAUCACCUUGGGAGGAGUGCAUAAGUUCCGCUUCAACCAUCCAGCAGAGGCAGCAGUCCUCCGGGAACGCAGGCGGGCCAGUGAAAGUGGCAUGACCUGCACCUACAUUGACCUUUGCCCCUUGACGCCUGAGCACAGUGUCGAAGAUGUGAAGAUCCAAGGGCAGCUGGGUGCCUGUCUCUCUCCCAGUGAGGAGCCAACUGCUAGACAGCGUUUGGAGGCACAGCAGCGCUACGUGGAUAGUUUGCGACAGGAGAUUCAGGCUGAACAGAGACAGGCUGAGAGAGAGCUGGAGAGGGAGCAGGCCCACCUCCGACAGCAUCACAGUGAGAUCCAGCAGUGGAUUUUGCGGGAGAAACAGCGGAGAAUCACCCAAGAGUCUGGAGUUCAAACAGACCUUAUCCCUGCACCCCUCCUGGAGCGACUGACAAGUCAGGCGCCUGAGGAUCAGGAAGGUCAGACAGUGGAUUGUCCGUCUCAGGUGGUAAGAGCCAGAAAGAAGGUGAUGCAGGAUGAGCUACUAAAGCAUCACGCCCUUUGCCGUGCCGAGAGCCGCAUCCGUCGGAAAAGUUUGCACUACCAGCUGGAGAGAAUCGCCCGCAAGCGGCAUCUGUUGGAGGCUAAGAGAGAACUGCAGAAGCUUGAGAAGGCCCUGCCUCCGGGACCAGACAGCCCUGAGUCUCCUGAGCUAGGUUCCCCCCCAAAGCUCAGAGGAAGACCAUCUGUUUCUCGUAGACACUCAUUCUCUGCAGAUCUAUUGUCCCGACUCUACCCACAGAACACCCCUAUCUUCAGACACUUCCUCAAGAGAAACAGAUCCACAGAACUGACGUCAAAUUCCUCCACAACCUCUGAUUCCAUAGGCAGCAGGAAGUGGGUUUCGGAGGAGUGUCUUCCUCGGGAAAGAACCCAGAGUUGUUCUGGUAAGUUCUUCUCAGGACAAGCCUACCGGAGUAGAGUAGGCUCCUCUGAAAACAUCCGACAAACUGGCAAAGAGGAGCCCCAAGCUCAGCCCUGCCGGGAACGACCAGAAAGAAAGCCUUUGCUGCCAAACCGAGACCUGACUUUUAAGAACAGAUCGGAUCAGAACUCGCCAGUCACUCUGAAGUCACCAGUUGGAACUUCUUUUCAACCAGUCAGCAAAGAAAAUAUACAAGGACUCACAACACACAAACCCAGUUCCCAGACUGUGCCUUGCAUGAAUGAGACAACUCAACCGCAUGAAGAUAACAACGGACUAGAAACCAUCACAAAGACUUUCUCUCGUUCUGUGGGGCCCAGGUUAAAAACAGCUCUGUCCAAAGUGUUCAGGAAACCACCGCCAGGUGCAAAUGGAGGACGAAGCCCCAAAUCUUUGGGGAGGAUAGCAAGCAAAUUUCACUGGAGACAAAGAAGAGAUAGGAGCCUUAAAGAAACCAAGAUGAGCCGAAGCAAAUGUUCUGUUAAAACAGCCGUCUCAUGUGAGGAGCUUGACCAAAGUACUGUGUUUGAGGACAUUAGACAGAGGCGGUGGCGUAGUACAGAGGCUCUGGUGAAUAAGACCAGUGGAUGGGUCGAGAGACAGAAGGGAUUGAUCAGAUGGGAGGAAAAGCAAGAAGAUGGAGAUGAAGGAACAUCGGACUGUGAGAGCCUUUUUUCUCUUGAUUCCCUGUCCUCUGCUUAUGCGACAGCGCUAGCAGAGCAGCUAAGACACGAGGAAGCAGCUCAGAGUGAAGCAGAGAGCGAAGACAGUCAAAUGUCUAAAGAUUCAUUGGCUCUGGAGAGUAGUGGUAAAUACUCAACAGUCAGGAAGCUUAGCCAAACCGUGCUGCCAACUUACUCAUUGAUGACAGAUUGCUCCCAUUCAUCCAUGCGCCACAAUAGAACUGCAGAGAUCAGUUUAGAUUGGGACAGCUGUCAGAAAGCUCAGGAAAUCUCAGCAGAGUCGUAUUGGAACCAGCAAGGCUCCCCAAAAUCAAGACACAGUGGUGCAACAGGGAAGGCUUCUUCCCAAAACCCAUUAGUAGCAGAUUCCAGAGGCAAAGACACUCUACACAAAUUGAGUGAGGACUUUGGGAACAUGCAGACCACUUCGACCAGCAGUCCACGCUCCCUGAGCAGCUGCAGUGUGAGGGAGCCAGAAAACAUGCUGGCGCUCACCGAUGCUUGGUCCUCCACCGAUGCAGCAGACAGUCCCAGGAUUCACAGGAAUUCUUUGCCUUUCCAAAGAGAAAUGAUGUUCAGAGGUGUAGAAAACAGCAGUAGCAGUCCCAGUCCAACCAGUAUGAACCUCUCAGACUCUCAGAGUGGAACUAGGAGCUGUAGCUCAACGUCCAACAGCACUGAGGGUGUAAAUGUAACAGUGCAGGAGCAUGGUGUUGACAUUUCAGGGGGCUCAUCAGAAACAUUAGAUUUUCAAGACUCUCAGAAUCCAAAAACACCAGAUGAAGCUCUGGAGGACGUAGGAUAUUGUGUAGUGCAAUCAGAGGGACAAACAGAAAAUGUGGAGGAGGCUGUUAUAGAUACUCCGGACUGCAGCAGCAACAAAAGUCCAGCAUCCUUACAAACCUUAGAUCAGACCGCUUGUGUUUUACCCACUGAGAUCCACCACACUGAAAAACAAGCAUCACAAGUAACUGAUGUACCUGACAUGGUGGCCGUGGCUGAUGUUACGAUGUCCUCUGACAAUGAAAUGUGUACAUCAGGUUGUCAAUCAGUGAUGCAUUUCUCUCCUACUAACCAAGGUCAAGUACUGAACACAAUGUCUGAAGCUGCAAGUGCUUUCAAACUGUCCACUAAAGAUGAAGUACUAUACACUGUAGAUGGUGCAACAGAAAAGUUGAAAAAUAUACAGCCGUGUGAGUUUGGGAAUACCAAAUAUGAAUCUUUUACUAGGGCCAAAACUUCAGAUAAGUUUGAAGCCAAAGGCACUGAGCAGUACAUUAUACAGCAAGAUGUUGUUAGAUCAGCUUGUAAAAAUUCCAGGAAGAGGAACAAAGACCAGCCGGAUGCUUUCAUAGGCAGCCUGAAAAUUCCAAAAAGGAGCAACAGCAAAGAGUUAGUAACCUUCUGCUCUGUACCAUUUAGGAGCCAGGAAGAUAUUUGGCCUGAUGACAAUAAUAACACCAGUGACUCAAAAGGGGAACAGUCUUCUGUGGAAGCUGACAGCCCUGAAUUUGAUUCUGUUUGUGUUGGCAGUGUUAGACAAGACACAGUAGCUUCAGUGGCAUCACCAGUUUCUGAUCCCAUGAGCAGGAAACUUGGACAGAGUUGUCAGAUCUUUGAAGACUCUGAAUAUGAUGACAAUAGUCCUCAGAGUGCUACCUCUGUAGUAGAGAGGAAAGUAGUUGAAAAGGGACAUGUAACAAUAAAAGAAGUAGCUGCAGAAACAAAAGGGUGGGAAUCCCAAAUUGAUAACCCCAGAAAACAUGAAGGAAGUAGAAAACACAUAUGCAAGUCAGACGCUAUUUGUAGCGCCAUUGACCUGAGAAUCUCUGAAGUGGUUAAAAAUCACAUGAGAUUGUCAGUGAUUGGCAGCAACGAUGACAGGAAGAGCAGCAGUCAAAGCAUGAAUGCCUUGUCAUCUUCUGCAUGUCAUUUUGGCUGUAAUAGUGCUAAAAAUAUAUGGACAGAAAGAGAGCUGAGAGAUGAAAAUUGUGAUCAGGUGAAAGAAGGAGAAGGUGGAAAAUGGAAAAGGAUGACAAGUGAAAACACAGUGGUCAAAAGUGAGCACCAGGCAUCAGAUCUUCCAGCUGAAUUGAAGACUAGCCAAGAGAGCAACAUGUUUCAGUUUAUUGAAGUAACAGAGAAUAUUGACCAUGCUCUUGCCUUUUCUGAUGUAACAUCAGAUAAGCCAGUAUUUGAGCAUUGUGUUUCCAAAAACAACAUCCAAUCAAAUCUGACACUUAAGAGCCAUGUUGAGUCUGAGCACUCUGGCAAACCCACAUUGCAACCAGUUUGUUUGUCUUCAAUGAGUGAUUCCUCUCCACCAAGAAAAUGUAGUGAUUCUCAAAGAAACACUGUGGAGAAUGAAGUGGACACUCAGAGCUGUUUGGAUGCCCCUGUUGUGAAUCCAGAACUUCACCAAAUACCCCAUGAAACACCUUCCACCAUGGGUGAUAUAAAAGAAAGCUGUAGCUGUAAUCAUGCAAAGGAUGUCAGUAUGGAAGCCCCAUCCAGUGAUGAAGCGAAAGAUGGUUAUUCAUACAAACAAAACUCACCAAGGACAAUUCAUUUCCACACAAGUCCUGACACAUCUGGCGCUGUGAAAUUACUAUCUGAUGAAGGAGAUCUUCAAUUCAAACCCCACGGCAAUCACAGAAACCAGAACACACCAACUGAUGACAACGCCUCUAUAAAAGGUUUUGCCAUUACUCCUGGUCAUGAUGGAAAGGAUGAAACAGAGAACACAAAAGGAGGUAUACCUUGUAUUGCAGCCCAGGAUCAAUUCUCCUGUCCAGAGACUCAUUCAUAUAAUUUUGCUCAGACUUGUGUGGUCAAUAUGAAUUACAACAACAAAUGCCACAGUUGCAUCACAAAAAAUGACAAAGACACAUUGACUCACCAAUCUGAAGUGCAGGUUCCAAAAAUCGUUGUAGAGUCAAAAUAUGAAGCAAGUAUUUCUGGAUCUAGAAAGCCACAGCACAAAAUGCCACAAGGAAAUGCCAUCAAAAAUACAAGUUGCUAUUCAUCUGUGAUGUCCAAACAGGUUGAGCUAAACACAUCUGGUGAUAAACAGGAUAAUUCUGCUGUCAUCUCUAAAAAAGCCAAGUCUAAAAGGUUCCGAAGGUCUAAGAUCCAGACUCAUCCCACAUCUUCCUCAGAGUCCUCUCUUAAGUCAUCAGAUGAGGAUGAGGAAGAUGACAAAACCUCCAGAGCGCAUCACAGCCGACUCUCAUCUAAAUGGGUUAAGCUUGGCAGUAAUGGCAAACAAGAAGUCAGACAGGCUAGAACUAACAACACAGAUAUUUCUACUACAUUGUCAAUGAGCAAAUCUAAAAUGAAGGCUUGUUUUGCUGGAGCUCCAGGUAAAAGUGAAGUUAAAGUUAGUAAGGAUUACACCCUAAAAAGACACUCUUUACCCCCUCAAACAAUGUUGCAAAAGACAGAAAAAAUCAUUCCGUAUGCAAAGAAAGGGGAACCCCAACAUACGCUCAAGUGUCAGGACUCUCCUAUACAUUUUGCUUCCAGUGACAUCAACCCUUUUGUUCACCAGUGGCAAGGUGAUGACCCAAACCAACACUGUUUUAAGAACCCAGCAUUUGGAAGUGCUGCUGAUCUGUCCUGUAAAUCUCCACUUUUGAACAGCGCUGAGAAACGUAUAACGAGAUGCUGUAGUGUUGACAAUGGUUUGAACGGGCAGAACUUGCCCUUCAAUUCCCAUCUGAGCACCUACGCCACCAACAAGGGGCUCUCCAGCACGCUUAGCAGUAUGGAGGAUUAUAAGGAACAACUGAACAAAACAUCUCAGCUUACGCCCUGUCAACAGGCAUCUGUUGAUAUUCACAAUCAUCUAGCCAAUCUGACAGUGACCGGCAGUUCUUCAAGUAACGAUGCUCCUGGUGGCUUUGGUAACAACUCCAGUCAGGUAGAUGAAAUUGUGUUUGUGUACUCGUCUGAGCAAGAAUCCCAGACAAGUAAAGCCCAAAGAAGGAGGACAUGUGAACAUGGCACUCAAACGGAGCAUAGCCAGAUAGUUAGUAUCGGUAACAGUAGUAGUGCUCCAAAGAGGAAAGAGCGGCACAAAAGGAGUAAAACUGAUGUACCUGCAACACAGAAAACCAAAGUGGACAUUAAAGAGUCUCCAACGUGGGCCAGUAUGGAAAGCAUGUCAGCUCACCUCUCAAAGCUGAUCGACAGCACCUCGGACCUGCUGGGGGACGUCCAGGGAAUGAGAACGGAUGAAGCCCUCAAGUCCAGUCUGAGGAGGAGUGUUAACUUGUCAAAUAUCAGCAUUUCUUAUUGUGAGUCUAAUGACUACACCAAGAGAGACUGCUCAACUCAGACAGCUAUAGAUGUUGGUAUCCAAACAGAACGGCCCCCAACACCAGCAGAGAAGGAAGUUGCUGUUCAUCAAACACCCAGUGAAAGGUCCAAAUCUCAUGAAGUGAGUGUCAUAGUCAAAGUGAUUGGUUCUGAGGUUGUCAGUGUGUCUCAAGACAAGAAUGUGCACUGUUUGGUGAAGAGUAAGGCAGAUGAAAAGAUUCAGAGCAUGCCUGACCUGAGGGUUAACGCCUUUGCUGCAGCACAAAGGUCUGCCUCACAAUCAGAGAAUGACCCUCUGAAAACACCUCCUUUAAAGACUGCAGGUGAAUGUCAAAGACGUGUAAGAUCUGCUUCUUCUAGAGGCUCAAAGCAAAGCAUGCCUCAGGCACUGUUCCACAAAAGUGUUGGAAAAUCUGAAAACAGAUCAUCAAAAAACGACUCCCAGGAAAGCCUCAGUCCCUCUUUAAGAAAGGACCUAUCACUUUCUUUAAAGAAGUCAGCUACAUACACAGACCGCGCAUCGUCUCCCAUACUGACUGUGGGAGCAAGAUUACGUGUGAAGCAGAAAGAAAGCCAGUCACCAUUAUGUCUUCCAAAAUAUCAGGGUAGAAAUAAAGACAACACCUCUGAGAAAGACCUUUCUGUACCUUCAAGCAAACAAUCGGCGUGCACAAUAGUUUCAGAGGAUGAUGAAAUGCCCAGACAGGAUUGUGAUGUUUCCCAUUGUAAAUCAGAAUCUGUAUCACUUGAGAAUGUGACUGAAAUGAGUUGCUCAAGCCCUAAAGUGUCUGAUAAGUGCUCUACAAGCCUUAGUUCAUCACUGGAUAGAUAUACAGACAGUGACAAGGGAACUGAAGACAAGGGUCCCAAAUGGCAGAUGACCUCUCACCAGUGCAGGACUUCUACUUCAGUAAAAGGUCUAACUAUGCAGGACCACAUAUCUCCCAUAUUAAGACCGACUGGUGUGCAGAAACAGCAGGCUAAAUCCACAUAUGGAAAAACAACAAGCUACACAAGACCUGUUGUUGUUGCUGAUUUUUGCGUUGAUUACUACGAUCCAUCCCCAGUCAGCAACCACACUGACAAACUUCAAGAGGACGACAUGGUGUCACUGGCACCCAGUGAGUGCAACACAGACGUCCUUGUGAAUAUAAAACCUGUCACCGGUGCAUCCCUGGGUCAAGACCACCAGGUAGCCCCAGAGGAUCUGCCCUUGCACAACAAGUUCACCAACUGGUCAGGCAUCAGCCCACAACAAUCAAAAUCCGCCAACAAACCGGCCACGAUUAUUACCAAAGAACACAACAAGAGCGAAAACUCUGCCGAGUGGGGCGAGAUGGAGAGUUACUGCUCAAAUGUAGAGUCCGUGGCGCAGAGCGACAGAAGGGCUAGAGAGAUAGAGAAGCUGCGACAGGAGAGAGAGCAGGUGAUGGCGACGGUCAGCCUCAACAUGAACCCGACACCGCUUACUGUGGAACUGACGGAGGCCAAGCUGCAUUAUGGCCUCGGAGAGACGGAUACACUGUUAAAGAUGCUGUCCCCGAGGUCUAGAGAAGAGCCGGAGCCCCCGACCUCUGUGACUACCAAACAGCUGCUGUAUGAUAGACACCGCAGAAGUAUUGAGGGUUUGAGGCAGGAGAGGGAGGAACGUCUCCAGACUUACCGGAGAGCUCGUAGUCUGAGUCCCAGCAAACAUCCUUGCUCCUCUUCACAAGAUGUUGCUUCUUCCUCCAAGGUGUCUGCCGCCAUGCCCAGUCGGCGUAAAGAAUACCUACAACAUCUCCGCCAAGAGGUGAUCGACAGCACCAGAAUACCAGACCCCCCACGAGGAGAAGGCCAGUGUCCAUCUGACAUUGAGCAGCUUUUGCGGGACUACGGCAGAGCCCGGGAGGAGGCCAGGACAGAGAUUGCAAAGGCACGAGAACGACUGCGAGAAAGGACCGAGCAGGAGAAGAGGAGGCUGCAGCAGCAGGCCGUGUCUCAGGAAGUGAAGGAUGACCUGAAGCAUCGAACAAGGAUCAGUAAUAGCACCUUGUGCACAGGAUCCAGCCUGAGCCUUUCCUCUGGACCAACAUCAGGGUACAACAGUGGCAACACGGCCCAGCUGCAGCAUGGCAACAGACCACUUCUGACUGGACAGACCACAGGGUCCCAGGAUGAAGGGCUGAAGGUCAGGACGCGUCCUCCUAUAUGUGGUCCUCAGAGUGUGAAGACACAAAGAGCCUGGCUGUCUGCCCACGAUGUCCGCCUUGACCCUCCUGUCACCACGUUUGAGCCCCUGAUGACUUCAUCUCCAUCACCCCCAACUUGUGCACGUCAACGCACCGCCUCCUUUGGCUCCUCCUCUUCCAUAUCCACAACCUAUCAGGAUAUCACGUCUAGCCUCCUUGGUCGAGCACUGGCUGAGGUGCGACUAGCUUCUUCUGGGGAAUUGAGCAACCUGCUAAUGGGCAAGGCCACAGCAGGCUGGGGAUAUCAGGGAGAAGAACGAGGUAUCCAGGCUUACUACAAGCCCUCCUCCAGCCCAUCUGUCCAUGGUUUCUUGGUGGCCGGGGAGCUGGACAGGCCCCUGGACAGUCUGUGGAACAUAAUCUGCCAGCUGUCCAAGAGCCACAUGUAUAAUCAGUCGGUCCGUUCUGUCUGGACACGACCACUAGAUGACAGCACUCAGCUGGUUUACAUACUGACCGAUCCGUCCACCUGCCACCUCAGCCAGCCGCGGGACUUCUGCUGCAUCAGCACCGAGUCUAAACAGGCCGGCCUGUGCGUGCUGGCAAUGCAGUCUGUGUUUGAGGAGUCUCUGCCUCGUCCCAGUGUGGAUGCCGUCCGAGGGGAGAUGAUGCCCAGUUGCUGGGUCUUGCAGCCAAUUAGGCGUAGUGGACAGGAGAUCACCAGGGUUAUCUACCUGCUACAGGUGGACCUAGGAACUCCAUCCUUUCCUCACCGACUGUUGAACACUGUUGCCCUAAGACAGGCAGCUGUCAUCGCUGAUCUUGACGUUUUCCUUGCUUCGUAAAUCCACAGGAUGAAGACGCAUUAGCAGUGAGCACUUAGACUAAAGUCCAUAGUCUCCACUAUGGAGUUAGUCUGUCUUAUGAAUUUGCACCUGAAAUUUAUUUACUUGACUUUUUUUAUUCUAAGAGCACUGUUUUAUUGAUUCCCAGUUACAAAGCUGAAAGAGCUUUUUUGUAUGAAGGUAUUUUUUUUUUUAAAUAAAAUAUUGAACCUGUAUUUUUAUAUUUGUAAUGUACAUAAAUGCUUGUAACAAUCUUACCCCUAUUUUACCAAAGAUUGAUUAGAAGUCUAAAGGAGCGACUUCACAUGACACAUUUAGGGUAUUGUGUUUAGCUUCAGACAGCUUGAUAAUUAAUUAUUCAAGGCGGCAAAGCAACAGAGUUUCCCCACCUUAUUGACUCAUUCAUUUGAAUAAAUAGGUGAAUUAUUCUGUUCUAACCUGAUAAAUAUCAGCCGUUUAGCCCCGGUAAGGUCUUUCAACAAUAUGGCGUCUAUUGAUUUCUACCAUAUUGUAACAAGGACAGCCAAAUAUGUUAAAGUUAACGAGAUCAACAUUAUAGCUAGAGAACCUUUUUAAAACAGGUGGUCAUCAGAUAUUCCAAGGUUACAGCGGUUUUAUGUAUAUUUACUAGAGUUUUACUGAAGUGUAUUUUCACUAGUGUUUACUUUCUAUCUGUCUAUGAUGGGUAGAUGCAGCCAGCUUUAUAGUUACAAGGUCAUGUCAAUGCACCUGAGAAGAAGAGAAGGUAGCCUCCCUUUGUUCCAGAUCUGCACCAAGCAGUUUUUGCAAAUAGUUGAAGGCUGUUUUAGCCUGCUCAGGUAGAUGAUGAGUGGAAUUUGUCACAUACAACAAUACAAUGAAAGCUGGAACACUGAGACUUGCUCACAAAAGAAAAUAUUUGAGUUGACUUUAUUUUCUGUAAAUGACAACUGAGGUUAAACCCGAAUUGUCCUGAUAUACUGAUACUGAUGCUGAUGUUGGCAAAUCCUGAUUUGUUACAGUACAUACUGUAUAUGUACUUAUUUCCUCAGACCCUGCAUAUUUUAACCACUCAAAUACCUUAAUUCUGCAAAAAAACAAAAACUUGGAAUGUCCAACGCUUUUGCAACAAAAAGGGCGAAAAGUGAAUAUGUCAGCUGGGAUUUUUGCUUUACUCCCCAUCCUAAAUUAAUAUUUUAUAUCAGUUUUCGUUUUCAAUAUAGUGAAUAGUUACAGUUAAGUAACAGUUAAGUGUUGGAUAGUAAGGUGACUUAUUGAAGGGAUGCUCAGCAUUACUUGGUUACGUUUCAGCCUUUACUUGUAAUGCAUGUGUUUGUCUGCAAACCACACAGCAGGACUUUGUCCAUAAACAGUUAUGUAGCAAAACGAGGAGGUGGUGAGUUAGAAAGUCAAGCACAUUUUGGAUAUAACAAGUCAAAGGUAGGCAGAGCAGUUUUCAACCAAAGCCCUUUGGUUCAGCAUCCGGCCUGCUCAAAUGUCCUUUAGUAAGAUACUGAAGAUCCCACGCUGACCUCUGACCUCCCUCUGUUUCAUUGCUGAAGCUAAAGUAAGAUAUGGACACAAUAUGGUACCCCAAAUCUGCAUAAGCUUUUAGGUUUUAAGGCCUUUUGAUCUCACCUGUUUCUGAAGUGUGUCAUAUUUAUUUAGUUCCUCUUGCCUUCUGUUUGAAAUGCUGUUGAAUGUGUUUUAUGGUUGUGUGUUUUUUUUAUAAGCAAAGCACGGUGCUGUGUUUUUUUUACGGCUUCUUGCACAAAACUGUUAAUGCAUUUAUUAAUGUGGGGGUUUUUUUGGUUUGUUUUUUGUUUGUGCAGUGUUGAAACUAUGCAGAAGCUGAUCAAAGGCGCGACUGUUCUCAGUCAAAGCUGGGUCAGCUGUAUCCAGAUAUGAAGCCAUAUUAUUUACAGUAGUUGAAGGUUCAGGACUGUUUUGGCACUGCAGCUGCAGCGCUCAGUUUGGGACUAAAGACGUUCCCAGGGGAACCAAAGAGAGACAAAAAUACGUAAGACACAGAGUGAAGAACCACAGAGAUAACUUUUUGUACUGAUUUCUUGUCUAUAUUGUAGGUGCUCAUUUCAUUGUGUAAAAAGCUUUUGUUAUUUAUGUUUUGUUGUAAAUGUAUUUUUAUUAUAAACACCCUGCUUCCUGUUGCUAAUAAGAUGUUAUUUGGCCUGUGUGUUUGGCCUUUUUGUUAUGAAUACAAUGCAUAUUUUAAGUGA